AUGGCCUCCGGAGGGGGUGCGGCCUUCGAGGAGCUGCCGCACGACGGCACGUGUGAUGAGUGCGAGCCCGACGAGGCUCCGGGGGCCGAGGAAGUGUGUCGAGAAUGCGGCUUCUGCUACUGCCGCCACCACGCGGAGGCGCACGGGCAGAAGUUCCCCAGACACCACCUGGCCGAGUACGUUCACUGCGCCGCCCAGGCCUGGACCCCGGGAGCCGGCGGGGAUGGGGCCGGGGAGGAGGCAGUCGAGGCCCCGGUGGAGAAUGAGAAGGCCCUAGAAAGCGAGGCGGGGGAAGGGAGCGAGUCCGAGGAAGACAGUGAGCCCGAAGAAGCGAGCGAGACAGAGGAAGAGAGCGAGGACGAGAGCGAGGGAGACAGUGAGGAAGAAAUGGAGGACGAGCAAGAGAGCGAAGCCGAGGAGGACAACCAGGAAGAAGGAGAAUCCGAGGCCGAGGGAGAAACGGAGGCGGAAAGCGAAUUUGACCCCGAAAUAGAAAUGGAAGCAGAGAGAGUGGCCAAGAGGAAGUGUCCGGACCAUGGGCUCGAUUUGAGUACCUAUUGCCAGGAAGACAAGCAGCUCAUCUGUGUGCUCUGCCCAGUCAUUGGGGCUCACCAUGGCCACCAUCUCUCCACCCUCGAUGAAGCCUUCGAGGAACUAAGAAGCAAAGACUCAGGCGGACUGAAGGCGGCUAUGAUAGAGUUGGUGGAAAGGUUAAAGUUUAAGAGCUCAGACCCUAAAGUAACUCGGGACCAGAUGAAGGUGUUUAUACAGCAAGAAUUUAAGAAAGUUCAAAAAGUGAUUGCGGAUGAGGAGCAGAAGGCCCUUCAUCUAGUGGACAUCCAGGAAGCAAUGGCCACAGCUCAUGUGACUGAGAUACUGGCUGACAUCCAGUCCCAUAUGGAUAGAUUGAUGACUCAGAUGGCCCAAGCCAAGGAACAACUUGAUACCUCUAAUGAAUCAGCUGAGCCAAAGGCGGAGGGCGACGAGGAAGGACCCGGAGGCGCCAAUGAAGAAGAGGACACAUGA